CCUAUAUAACUAGCAUUAUGUCACUUAAUAAAUAAGCAAUUCAUUUCAAUAAAAAAAUACUUCAAUAACACGCUAUGCAUAUGGUUUCCCUUCAACUUCCCUCCACCUCUCCAAAUACAGAGCUUGAUCAUUCAUCAAAGAAGAGAAAAUGGGAUCAUGAGCUACACUCUACUGAUCACCACAAAAGAUCCAAACCAUCUGAUCACUACAAUACAAAAGAUCAAAUUGAACUUCACCUUGAGACCCCGCUUCCUUUGGGAUGGCAGCGAUGCCUCGAUAUUCAGUCAGGAGAGAUACACUUCUACAAUACAAGGACCAAGAAAAGAACAUCAAUGGAUCCAAGAACUAGCCUGGAGCCAAUAAGUUCACCAGCUCACAUGAGCUUAGACCUGGAGCUAAACCUUCAGCCAUGCGAGUCGCAAAGGAAAACCAGCACAAACGACGUCGGCCAUAAAUUUUCUGGUUUCGGUGAUUUGUUCAUGAGUACUACUAAAGAAAACAAGAAAUCAGAAGCGGCAAUGAAACGGAGUCCGUCGUGGUUGGUUGAAGGAAAUGAAGAAGAAGAAGAGAUGGUGGCAAGUGUAUGCACAAGGUGUCAUAUGUUGGUGAUUCUAUGCAAAUCGUCUCCUUCAUGUCCUAACUGUAAAUUCAUGCACCCACCUGACCAUAGUCCUAAGCUAUUCAACCAAAGGUUUAGUUUGUUGUGCUAAGAAUCGGUAGAAAAAGGCCUGUUUUCGUUCGUUAAUUUCGUCAUAUAUAUAUAUAUAUAUAUAGCAAGGUUAGAAGUUGGGUAAUGAUCUUGAUUAUUGUAGAUGAAGGACUUAAUUUGUUUACCUUUUGUACCUUAAUUAUAUGAUAAGUUAAUUAACUAACUUUGUAUCAUGUACUACUACUAACUCAGUAAGAGUUAAGUAUUAAUUUAUUAUC